GGUGGCCGGUGUAGUACAUAGCAUGGCCAUUGGCCACUAUCAUUAUUCCAAAUUGACUAAAAUACCCUCGUGACGUUGAAAUUAUGGAAUCAGUUAAGAAGAACUACAUGAUAUAUACACAUUCAAUGCUAGCUCCUCAUUUUGUCUUUUCAAUCCAAUUUCCAACCCAUUUUGCAUACAAAAAUCCGCAAGAAAAUAAAACAGCAUUCAAAGCACUUCAACUGCAAGAAACCUCACCUGCAAGAUUCCUUUUCUCUAUCUUGUUGUUGUUGCAAGAUUUCAUAAUCACUGUAAAGAAACCAACAAUUUCAGAUAAUUUGUGUAUAGUUCUUAUUUGUUGAUAAUCUUGGAUCAUAUUUUCGAAUUCAAGAUAUUUUUUUUGGGCCUCCCAAAAUUUUGACAGAAUGGACAUGGUAGGGAAAUUUAGAAGCUUGAUAAGUAAGGGUGUGUAUUCAGUUGCUACCCCUUUUCACCCCUUUGGUGGUGCUGUUGAUGUUAUUGUUGUUCAGCAAGAAGAUGGUAGUUUUAGGAGUACGCCGUGGUAUGUUCGGUUUGGUAAAUUUCAAGGUGUUCUUAAAGGUGCUGAGAAGUUUGUUAGGAUAAAUGUGAAUGGGGUUGAAGCGGGUUUUUAUAUGUAUCUUGAUAAUUCUGGGGAGGCUUAUUUUGUUAAGGAGGUGGAUGCUGAUGAUAAUGUUGACUCGAAUGUGGUUGUUACUCCGGAAGAGAGUGGUUUGAAAAUUGGUAUUACUGGUCAUAGGCUUGAUCAUAGUGUAUCUGAUUUGGGGGUGGUUAGGUCGACGGGUGAUGAUGAUUCCUUGGAUUUGCCGAAGCUUCGAAAGGCGGAAUCGGAUGUUGAUAAGAGAUUUUAUGAGCUUCAAGAUGAUCAACCUGUGAUGGAAGGUUCAGCUUUUUUGUCGGAAAGUGAAGAGGAGUAUGUGGAUUCGCAGGGCUCUCAUCCGGGGAUGAUCUUGGUUAGUGUUGAUGGUCAUAUGUUGACAGCUCCUAUCUCUGAAUCAGAGCCAACUCAGGAAAAUUUGAAGUUAGAUAUUCUUCAGUUUCAUUUGGGGCCAGGUGAAGAGGCUGUUUUUGACGAAGGCGAAGAGGAAUUUAGCACUACUGAUGAUAAUAGUCAACUGGAUGCUUCAACGGCUGAUGUACCACCCAGUAUUUAUAGCUCCAAUAUUGAUAAUAAUACUCUGGGGAUCCAGCUGGAAGGUUGCCAAAGAGAGGAGGGAACCAAAACUGAAGAAGCUGCAUCAUGUAUGAAUACAGAGAAUGUCUUCAAAAGUUGUUUGGACUUUCAUGAAUUUGAUCAGCCGGCUGAAAACGACAAUUUACAAAAUGAAGGGUCCUCAUUGAUCGAUCGAAAUUCAGCUGAGGAAUCUAAUGAAAAUGAUAAAGAGAGCAUCAUACAAUCUAGAAACAUUGACGGGUUAUCUCCCCUUGACAUGCCUACUACUUCAGACAACAUUACUUCUCCAAAUUUAAAAACAAAACUUCAAACGGUUGAUAAAGAUGCACCAGUGGAAGUUGACACUGAUUCUGGCAGUCAUUCUGGUACGAAUGAUGUGGAGUGGAGUGAUAGUCAGCAAACCCAUGUACUUGAAAAUACUAGUGAGGAAGAUAAUGUAACUGCACCUCAGACAUUUGCUUCCACCGACGGGGAUCAAAGUCAUUUUGAUUCGAGAUUCGACAUCUCACUGUGUGGUCAUGAACUUAAGGCGGGUAUGGGUUUUAUCGCAGCUGCUGAAGUGUUUGAAGCACAUCAAAUAUCUGCAGAGGAAUUUAGAGUCUCUGCACCAUCAAUAACUAAGAAUAAAAAUCUUGUAGUGAAGGUGGGAGAGAGCUAUCUACCGUGGGAAAAGGCCUCCCCUCUUGUUCUUGGAAUGGCAGCUUUUGAUUUAGACUUACCUUUUGAUCCUGAAGAUACAAUUCCUGUGGGACAGGAUUAUACGUUGAAGUCUAACGAUGAUAUUCCUGGACCAUCUUCGUCUGGACGUAGGUGGAGACUCUGGCCUCUGGCUUUUCGAAAAGUAAAGACAGCUGAGCACAAUAGUAAUGAUGAAUCAAGUGAGGAUAUAUUUUUAGAUUCCGUAUCUGAUUUGUUAGGUUCUGUUGUUGAGCCAACUCCAACCUCUGUUAGGCGUGAGUUUCCUCCCAAGCAAUUUGUAAGGACAAAUGUUCCCUCUAAUGAAAUGAUAGAGUCAUUGAAUCUCAAAGAUGGUCAAAAUAUGGUAACAUUCAAUUUCUCUACGAGGGUUCUAGGAGCACAACAGGUUGAAGCUCAUCUAUAUUUAUGGAAGUGGAAUGCGAGAAUUGUAAUUUCAGAUGUGGAUGGAACUAUUACCAAAUCUGAUGUUUUGGGACAGGUCAUGCCUUUAGUUGGAAAAGAUUGGAACCAGACUGGAGUGGCAAGGCUUUUUUCUGCUAUUAAGGAAAAUGGAUACCAUCUACUGUUUUUGAGUGCCCGUGCUAUUGUCCAAGCUUACGUAACCAGAAAGUUUUUGGUUAACCUGGAACAGGAUGGAAAAACCUUACCGACCGGACCUGUUGUUAUUUCACCUGAUGGAUUAAUUCCCUCCCUUUACCGAGAAGUAAUAAAAAGAGCUCCUCACGAGUUCAAGAUUGCUUGUCUAGAGGAUAUCAAAAAACUUUUCCCUUCUGAUUACAAUCCAUUCUAUGCGGGGUUUGGCAAUAGAGACACAGAUGAACUUAGUUACAGUAAGAUAGGAAUUCCAAAGGGUAAAAUAUUCAUCAUUAACCCUAAGGGUGAGGUGGCAACAAGUCAUCGGGUCGAUGCAAAAUCGUAUACAUCUCUACACACACUCGUCGAUGACAUGUUCCCAGCUACGUCUGUGCUUGAACUGGAGGACUUUAACUGUUGGAAUUUUUGGAGACUGCCUCGCCCACAUAUUGAUAUUGAUUAGUUCAAUGUUCAUUUUAGUUACAAAUUUUUACUAGGAUUCUUUGGUAUUGGGCUAACCAAGAUGUUAACAGAAAUGCUGUUUGUUCAACAUACGUGCCGUGCUUGUAAAGUGUGUUACUAACUGAAAUUCAUUCAUGACAUACAAGUUUCUUAAGGAUUCACUGUGAUGUUCAUACUGCCCUUGCUUUGUUUCUUUUCGCUUCGAGUUAAAGACACAAUUUGUAACUUUCUAUGUAAAUGGCUAUAGUUAAAUAGUACUAAGUAGCUUUUUCCAACCCCUUGUUGACUGUGUUCUCAUUAUUUUGAAGAACAUAGUUGAAAUGUAUCUAAAUAGCAAGACUCAACUAGGCAUCUUUGUACUACAACCAUUUUACAUUGUGACAUA